CCAGCCCAGAGUCACUCAGUCACUCGGUCCCGAGCAACUGACAACAUGUUGGGCUUCGCUGUCCUCGCCACCCUCCUGGCCUGCGCCUCCAGCUGCGGGGUCCCCAGCUUCCUGCCCAACCUCGCCACCCGCGUGGUGGGAGGAGACAAUGCCAACCCCCACAGCUGGCCCUGGCAGAUCUCCCUCCAGUACCUCAAGGACAACACCUGGAGGCACACCUGCGGUGGCACCCUCAUCUCCAGCAACUAUGUCCUCACUGCCGCUCACUGCAUCAGCAAGAGCCUGACCUACCGUGUGGCCCUGGGAAAGAACAACCUGGAGGUGGAAGAUGAAGCCGGCUCUGUGUACAUGGACGUGGACUCCAUCACUGUGCACGAGAAGUGGAACUCCUUCCUGGUGCGCAACGACAUCGCCCUCAUCAAGCUGGCUGAUCACGUGGAGCUGAGCGACACCAUCCAGGUGGCCUGCCUGCCCGAGGCCGGAUCCGUGAUGUCUCAGGACUACCCUUGCUACGUCACCGGCUGGGGCCGCCUGUGGACCAACGGUCCCAUCGCUGACGAGCUCCAGCAGGGCCUGCAGCCCGUGGUCGACUACUCCACCUGCACCCAGAGGGACUGGUGGGGCUCCAUGGUCACCAACAACAUGAUCUGUGCCGGCGGUGACGGCGUCAUCUCCGCCUGCAACGGAGACUCUGGCGGCCCUCUGAACUGCCAGGCUGAGAACGGCUCCUGGGAGGUGCGGGGUAUUGUCAGCUUCGGCUCAGGCCUGGGCUGCAACACCCUCAAGAAGCCUGCCGUCUACACCCGCGUGUCUGCCUACAUCGACUGGAUCAACCAGAAAAUGCAGCAGUAAGUCGCAUGGAACUGCGGCCACGCACUCCCGAAACUGCAAUAAACCUCCUUUCCCUCGA